UAAAAGAGAAGGUCAUCAGAGGACAGGAGAAAUAGAAAACAUAACAGACUUUUUUUCUUAUGCCAACUGGAGCACCCUCAGGAUCGAGCAAUGACAUCCUACGAGUCUCAAGGUCAGUCUCCGACAAGAUGUGGGCCUCAGUUCCCUAGCCUAGGACAGGAACCUCCAGAACUGAGUCUGUACAGCGACAGCUACUAUCCGCCUCCAUCCCUUCCAAGUCCACAAAGAACCAACCCGUCUUCAUACGAACUUGGAGACUAUGCCGCCUCCUCACCUAACCCCUACCUGUGGUUCAACAGUCCAGGAAUGAACAGCGCUCCUUAUCUGGGAGGAACGCCUGGCCCUGCUGGACCUUCUUUCGUUCCCCAGCACUACGGCAUGCAGAGGCCCUAUUUAGGACCUGGGCCACCAGGUGGUCCUGGAGGGGAAUUGAGCUGGUUCUCCAUGCCGUCUCAGGAGGAUCUAAUGAAGCUGGUCAGGCCACCGUAUUCAUACUCCGCUCUUAUUGCGAUGGCUAUACAUGGUGCCCCAGAACGCCGCCUGACCCUCAGUCAGAUUUAUCAGUAUGUUGCAGACAAUUUCCCUUUCUACAACAAGAGCAAAGCAGGAUGGCAAAACUCAAUUCGACACAACCUCUCACUCAAUGACUGUUUCAAAAAAGUUCCACGAGAUGAAGAUGAUCCAGGAAAGGGCAAUUACUGGACCUUAGAUCCGAAUUGUGAAAAAAUGUUUGACAAUGGCAACUUCAGACGCAAGAGAAAGAGAAAGUCUGACAGUCUCCCAGAGAAAAGCAGUUCUGGAGGGAAUGAGUCAGGAGACAGUAAUGGCAGGGGUAGCCCGAAAAGUCAAUCCAUUGACAUUUCCACUUCACCAGAAAAGGGCCCAUCACCCGCAUCCACGGGUCCAUCGCCAUGCUUGAGCAACUUCCUGACUGAGAUGUCUGGAGUUGCGGCCGGAUCUCUUGACAUGGAAGCGGAUCCCCUGAGUCGCCCCUUUACACUCAGUCUGCCAGUAGACGGGGCACAGAGAGCUUCACAAACCACAGGUUUUUCCACCUUCACUCCAAGCACUACGGUGUCCGAUUGGGCUUCACCUCUGCCCCCACCGCCACCCAUGUCCUCGUCACCCUCCCACUCCACGUUAGCUUACAGCGGACCUGUUCUCAGUCAGUUUAAUGGCCAUUUCUUCCCUGGUUUGAGCUCAACGGGUAUUCUUUACCCUCGGGAAGGCACAGAGGUGUAGGAUGGGAAGCAGACGACAGACAAGCUGAUCAACCAAUUCAUGUUACUGACUAUGGGGG